AUGUGUGACUUCACCAAGGAUCAGACUGCAGGAUUCAAGAAGACUUUCCAGCUGUUUGAUCGAUCAGGUGAUGGCAAAAUCCCAUACAGCCAAUGUGGGAACAGGAUGCAGGCCUUGGGCCAGAACCCUAUCAAUGCCGAGGUGUUCAAGGUCCUGGGGAACUCCAAAAAGUAUGAGAUGAGUGUGAAGGUGCUGGACUUUGAGCACUUCCUGCCCAUGCUGCAGACUGUGGCCAAGAACAAGGACCAGGGACCUUGGGAGGACUAUGUUGAAGACCUUCAUGUGUUUGACAAGGAAGGGAAUGGUAUCAUUAUGGGUGCUGAAAUCUGGCAUGUCCUUGUCACACUGGGAGAGAAGAUGGCAGAGGAAGAAGUGGAGAUGCUGGGGGCAGGUCACGAAGACAGCAAUGGUUGCAUCGGCUGUGAAGAGCUUGUCCAGAUGGUGCUGAAUGGCUGA